AAUGAAGUUGAGUGACCUUUUGUGUUUAAUUGCAUCCUCCUGACCAGUUAGACGAAAUAGAAAGCCAAGACCACGAACAUGGAAGACCUGGCAAACUACUCUGACUUUGACUUGUACGACACUUCUGAACCCUGCAGUGAAAGCCCUGAGGGUUUGAGCAGUGUGGGGCUGGUGAGCACCUAUGCCAUGGUGUCCCUCAUCAGCCUCCUGGGGAACAGCCUUGUGAUCUAUGUCGUCUGCUGCAUGGAGAAACACAAGACUUCCACAGACGUGUACCUGAUGAACCUGGCACUGGCCAACCUCCUUUUCUCACUGACCCUCCCCUUCUGGGCAGUCUACGUGCACUCCCAAUGGGUGUUUGAGACCUUUAUGUGCAAGUUCCUGUCUGGUCUGCAAGAGGCCACCUUCUACAGUGGUGUCCUGUUGUUGGCCUGCAUCAGUGUUGACCGCUACCUGGCCAUUGUGAAGGCCACGCAAGUGGUCACACACAAGCGUCAUCUGGUGGGCAUUGUGUGUACCGUGGUGUGGCUGGCAGCGGUAUUACUUUCCCUCCCAGUCCUGGUCCAGCGAGAGGCUUUUGUGCCGGUUGGGGAAACGCAUAUAGUGUGCCAUGAAAACCUGACUACAGGCAUGGAGCAGUGGCGGGUGGGUAUUUCGAUGCUGCGCUAUGCCGUCGGCUUCUUCUUCCCACUGGCAGUCAUGACCUACUGCUACAGCUGCACGGCCUGCACGCUGUACCGCUCGCGCAACAGCCAGAAGCACAAGGCCAUGCGGGUCAUCCUGUGUGUGGUGCUGGCCUUCGUGCUCUGCUGGCUGCCGUACAACUUAACCGUCUUGGUGGACACACUGAUGCGAGGCAACCUGAUCAAGGAGACCUGCACCGUGCGGAUGCAGGUGGAGUUCUCCUUGGAUGUGACCUACACCUUGGCUGUCUUGCACUGCGCCAUCAAUCCCAUCCUCUAUGCUUUCAUCGGGCAGAGGUUCCGCAACCAGCUCCUCACAUCCCUCUUCAAGCACGGCUUCAUCAGCAAGAGGGUGCUGUCCACCUACAGGAAAGGCUCCAUCUAUUCCUCCACAUCCUUGAACACAUCCAUCACGCGAUAGAACCCGUUCAGC